AUGGAAAAAAUAAUUGGAAGAGUUUGUCCAGGAAUUAAACCUGACCAAAAAAUUUCUUUUAAUGCAACAGUUUCUCUAAAAGAUUGCUCAAAACCGAAUUUAGCAGCCGUUUCUGUCGGUAUUUAUGGAUAUAAUACAGUCUCUGCUAUUUUUAUUACCCCAAUUUGUGGGUGUGAAUGUGAACAUUCGAGACAACAAGAAAGACGUUCCCCUCGUUGUAGUUAUUCGGGGAAUUUAGUUUGUGGAGUUUGUCAAUGUGAUCAUGGAAAAGGAGGGGAAAGAUGUGAAUGUGAUUUAGAUAAAUAUGGAGUAAGUAAAGCUGAGGAAUUAACAGGAUUGUGUAGAGAACAUAAACAAGCACAAAUAUGUUCUAAUAAAGGUCAAUGUAAAUGUGGCCAAUGUCAAUGUGAAGCUGAUUAUAUUAGUGGUCGUUAUUGUGAAUGUGACAGUUCUAGUUGUCCAUUAAGUGUUUCUGGGCAAAUAUGUUCUGGUAGAGGAACAUGCCAAUGUGGAAAAUAUUGUAAUUGUGAUGAUGAUCCUGAACCGUGUACCGAAAAUGGAGUAACUUGUUUCAAUAACGGUUAUUGUGAAUGUGGGAAAUGUUCUUGUAACGUUGGAUGGACGGGGAAUAGAUGUAAUAUUCCCGAAUCUUUACCCGAAGAAUCUUCAACAUCCAAUUUUCAAUCUACAACAAGUGCAGAAUUUAAUAGUGCAGAAAAUGCUGAAGUACACGGAGAGGUUUUGACUGAAGAUGAUUUGGAUUAUAAAACAUCUUCACAAAAUGGAGAUUUCCUUCCAACACCAAAAAGUACAAUUGAAAGUAUUCAAGAAGCACAACAAUCUGGUGGACAAGCUUCUUCAACCAAAAGUCUUUCUCUUUUAAUUUUAUAUUCUUCAGUUAUUGGAAUAUUAAUGAAGGUUUUAAGUAAUAGAUGUUUUAUGUUUUUUAUUUUAUUAUAA